AUGGCUUUGAAGGCCUUCAAUCUAACUUUAUAUAAAAAUGAAGACAAAUUGACAUAUUGGAAAAGGAAAGAGAUGGACUUAAUGGUCACAAGCGUCCCGGGAAUGGAGAACCUUCUCCGGCGACGCGACAUCCCGGCCUUCUGCAGAGUCGAAGACAUCAACGAUGCCGGCUUCCAAUCCAUCAAAACAGAGACCAAAAGAACAGCUCAAGCCACCGCUCUCAUACUCAACACAUUCGAAGAUUUAGAAGGUCCAAUCCUCGAUCAAAUCCGCAAACACAUUCCCAAUCUCUACUCCAUCGGCCCUUUACACUCCCAUUCGAAAGCAUUGCUGAAAGCAAAAGGAGUCGAAUCAUCGCAUCAUUCUAGCAGCUUCUGGAAGGAAGACAACACCUGCAUUGCCUGGUUAGAUUCUCAACCUCCCAAUUCUGUGAUAUAUGUGAGCUUUGGGAGCAUCACAAUGUUGACAAGAGAUGAAUUGUUGGAGUUUUGGUAUGGUUUGGUUAAAAGUGGUUAUAGAUUCCUGUGGGUGGUUAGACCGGAUUCGGUUAUCGGGGAUGGAAACGAGAUCCCGGUUGAGAUCGAGGAAGGUACGAGGUUGAGGGGGUUGAUGGUGGAAUGGGUCCCACAAGAGCUAGUUCUAGGGCAUGAGUCGGUUGGGGCGUUUUUUACGCACAGUGGAUGGAAUUCGACUCUGGAAGGUAUAGUGAUUGGGGUCCCGAUGCUAUGUUGGCCUUAUUUUGCGGACCAGACUACGAAUAGUAGGUUUGUGAGUGAGGUGUGGGGGGUUGGAUUGGACAUGAAGGAUACUUGUGAUAGGGUGUUGAUUGAGAGGAUGGUUAGGGAGGUGAUGGGAGUUAGGAGAGAUGAGUUGUUGGAGAAGGCUUGUGGUAUGGCGAAUUUGGCUAAGGCUGCUAUUUGUGAAGGGGGGACUUCGUGUAUGAAUUUGAAUCGAUUGAUUGAGUUCUUGAAGUCUACGGUUUUGUGA